ACCUGGAUUGCUACCGUUUCUCAAUCUGGUCACACUGUACAGCAACAAAAGAUUUAAACUACGCAUUAAGCUUGUGCGUAGGAACGAAUCGUGUUUAAUUUUAGUUACUAGCCAGUCGCUUCGGGAGAAGCAUUAAACAAAGUUGCAAUAUUUCGGAGCUCCAGCAGUUGGCUUCAGUCCGAAACCAAUAGUUAUAGUCAAAUCGAGUGCAGCGGCGGAGAAACAGCGCCAAACGAAAAGUAAAACGCAUUUUCCUACGCAUACAUAAACAGCAAAAGCGAAUACACAAACACAGGCAGACAUACGGAAGGGCCAAAAAAACUUGGUCAAACUCACGACAUAAUAAUAGACAUAGUUUAACUUUAAAGCGAGUUAAUAAUAAUAAGCAAUAAAGCCAAGUUAUCUUUGGUGUUGACGUGUUGAACACACAUACCGAUAAACAAAAACAAAAUGUCUACGACACCAAAAUCGAGCGAAGAUUUGCUGGGCGAAUCUUGGAUCGAACUCAGCACAACAGCUGCGAUGGCUGGCAUCAAGAGCCCCGACAGAAUCACUCCGUUGCCCUUCAACAAUGGCGAGGAGUACCUGAGACUUCUGCGCGAGGCCCAGCGCGAAUCGAACCAGUCGAGCCGUGUCGUCUCCUUGGCCAGCUCCCGUCGUGAUACGCCCCGUGAUAGCCCCAAGAGUCCACCGAACAGUCCCCAGUCGGAGCUCUGUCCGGACGAUGAGCUCAGAAACGUGUACAUCAACUACUGGACCAAGGGCGGAGACAAACAGAAUGCAGACAAUGGAGAUUGGCUGAAGAACUGGAAUCGCAAUGCCGAGGAGCAGCCACCCAGAAGCUGGAACUUCGAGACUGUCAGCGAGGAUGCCGGCGACGAGGGCGAGAAAAAGAAGACUAACACAGGCUACUCCAUCCGCUUGAAGCGACUGGGCUCCAACUCGUUGUUCUCCCGCGAAAUUCUGUACUCGCUGCUGGUGACCAACGUCCUGUCCCUGCUGCUGGGAGCUGGCUUCGGACUAUGGUUGAGCAAGCGUGGCAUACUCCUUACCCGUGUGGUCAUUGACUGAAAGAUGCCAUAAACAAAAAGGAGAAAGAGAGAAUAUAUAUAAUCGUUUUCAAUCUAUCAAUAUGCACAUCAAUCGAAAACAGAACACGAUGCGUUCCAUAUAAGAAAUCGAAGUAUACACAUCUAUACAGCCAACCGUAUUCCAACUCAUUUGUAUUUUUAUCGGAAGUCCACAUUUUCGACACCUUCUCAUUCAGUACAUACCUACAUAAAAAUGUAAUUUCUAAUUACUAAGCAAACUAAAACAGGCCUUUGGGCGAGGGUUGAAACUAAACGUUUUCAUAUUUUAUAUAAUUUUAUAUAUUUAACAAUAUAUCAAGGCAGCAAAUCUAAUGAUACAGAAAAGCAUUUAUAGAUGCUCCAUAUAUUUUGCUUAGCCGUAUGUCUUAGCACCCAGCCGUGCAUUAUAUCCAAUACAAAUGUACGCCGAACUUCGUGUUAAGAUUUUCAAUUUCAUCAUCAUACUUCAUAUAGAACAUCCAUAAACAUUUGUAGACAUAUUGUAGUUGAAUCGUAUUGUAUCCUGAUCGUACUUUUUGUUGAACAAUCGUCAAAUGUUUUGAUUUAAUAAGCAUAUAAGAAAAACGAUAAAAAAGGAGAAAAAAAACAAUAUGGCACACAUAAGAUUAUAUCUUUAAUGUGAGGGAGGGGUUAUCCCCCACAAAAAAAAAAAAGAAAACAGAAUAGUUGUAAUGAUUUUUUAUAUUAAAAUAUUUUUCAAUAUCUAUUUAAAAGAGAA